UCAUACAUAAUCACUCAUUCAAUUGACCAUUGAGUUUGUUCUAAAAAGAAAAAAUAUUCCUUUUUAAUAUUUAAUGCUCAAAGACUUUACAUCUUUAUUGGAUGGAAAAUAAAUUUUGUAAAAGACGUACUGUGAUUGGUUAAACAAAUCUUUAUGAACGUCCAUAGCUGUCAAUCAAAUAAAAUUAAGAGCCAAUCAUCUGCUUAGAAAUCCCCCCUAUAGUUAGCAUCUUUAUGUGACAGACAGAUGUAUAAAAUAGUUAACGGAUAGGUGCAAAUCAGAUUGGUUUGAUCCUGAGGUCUCUAAACAGCUUCGGGUCUUACAAUUUUAUCGUAUUCGACAACCUUAUUAGCAAGUUCAAUUUACCAUCAAAGUGUGAGAAGUUAUUAACACUAGAAGUUGUACAGUACAUUUUCCGCAUCCAAGUUGGCAGACAUACAUAAAAAAAAACAUUCGUUUAUUUGUUUAUCAUACAUAAGUGAUACAGAGUUUUCUGAUUUGUUUGCCCACUGAGCUUCAUGUUAUCGUACAUAACACAUGAAAUUGUUGUUGAUUAAUUCAAGUUUUUAUAUCUCGCUGGGAGAAAAGAGCUUUGUUGCUUGAGACAAGAAGAAAGUUGGAGUGUGUGAAAGAAAGCUAAAACAUCUUAACAGUUAAUUAACAAAAGAUUAAUUAAAAAAUUGUUAUUAUGGAAAACCGACUACAAGGAUCCACAUUAGGUCAUUAUCCGAACCCUACUAUUCCAAGAUUUUUAGACCAUCUAAGCCCACAGCCGAAUUCUGGCGGUAGGUUUAUGGAUCACCUUGGCUCUCCACCAACGCCUGCUUAUCCGCAGCAAACACACAUACCACCAAAUCUGUCAUACGGACCUCUAAAUUCGAGGACAUCUAGUCAAGGUGAAUACGUAACAUCACCAGUCAGCGGAGAUUUUAUGACCGGCUACCGUUCCAGUAUACCAGACGAAACAUCGAUCAUGACGCCAGUACCCCCUUCUUCGCAAACCCAAGGCACGUUGCCGAUGUUGCCAGACACUAACACACACGUUGGGCGAACGCAUUGCAUGUUCAUCAGUGGAGCGAUGCAUCAUAGCAACGAGGCUACUUCUCGCUUCCAUUCUAAUGUUGGUAGCCAGAAUCACGGCUACACCACUAAUCAGAACAGCAGUUCCUACUACCCGUUAUCUCACCAUGAUUUAUCACACGCGCACUAUCCUCCAGCGAGUAAAUAUCCUAAAAAUGAGUAUGUAGCUGACAUAAAACCAUCGUUCAGUUACCCCCCACCAGCGCCCUCUCCAUAUGAUUAUUAUAGUGCCAACCCAUACCACAACUACAUGCAUAUGGGUGGGUAUCAACCGCAUGGUAAUUUCAGACAACCCUUAAGUCAAGUUAUAUCAUGUAUGUGGACAGACCAAGCAACAAAAGGAAAGCCAUGCGGAAAACAAUUUUUUGUUAUGAUGGAUAUAGUACAACAUUUAGCAGAAGAUCACGUUGGAUUAAAUGACUCAGCAGAGCAUGUGUGCUACUGGAAAGACUGUCCAAGAUCUGGACUUGCUUUUAAAGCAAAAUACAAACUUAUAAACCACUUAAGGGUUCACACUGGGGAGAAACCAUUUCCCUGUCCCUUUCCUGGUUGUGGGAAAUUGUUUGCCAGGUCGGAAAACUUAAAAAUUCAUAAACGCACACAUACUGGUGAACGGCCGUUUGUAUGUGAAUUUGCUGGAUGUGGUCGAAGGUUCGCAAAUUCAUCAGACCGAAAAAAACAUAGUCACGUCCACACGUCUGACAAACCGUAUAUUUGUAAAGUUGACGGUUGCAAUAAAACAUAUACUCAUCCCAGCUCAUUGCGCAAACAUAUGAAACUACACGGAAAAAUUGAAACUAAAGACGUAAAAUCGCCGGUAACCGAUUCUAAUUUACAGUUAAAUAACCAAGACAAUGAUAUGACUAAAAUUAGAUCAACAAUAACACUGACUUCUGAUCACGACCAUUCUCUUCAUCCUGUGGUCACGUGGUAGCUAAUGAACCAAUAGAAUACCGAAUAAAUAUUUAAACUUGUCCCCGACUCUGUCGAGAGUUCUAGGAUUUAUAUCUAGUAUAAAUUAUCACAGAAUUGCAUUUAAAUAUAUAGAUAACUUAUUUUUGUCCUUUCUAUAACUGAAAAAGGUUACUCUGUUUCCCAUUGAAUCGCGAUAAGCGAAAAUUUAGUUGAAACUUAUUUAGCACCAUCAUCAGCAUUACUAUAAUGUUGCCAUGGUUUCAUCCGGCACUGAUACAUAACUUUUAUUUUUUAUUUACAAGUAUAGAAAUAUAUAAUGUUUCGAUUUUAUACGCUAAAAAAGCGAUACUGUUGAAACAAAUUUUUAUGAUGCAUAUUUUAGCAUAAAUUAUGUUCUGUUAUUACAGAAAGUUAGACCAUGGUAAUUGUAAUUUAUUUUAAAUUGUGUAACUAAGUUAAACAGAUUAUUUUUAUAUGAACAAUAUAAAGCCUAGUAUUUUUGUUCUGCAAGAAUGGCUGACUAGCAUAGCAGAGUGAAUGGCAUCCCUAGAAAUCCUAUCGUUAUGCUUUGAAAGAAUCUUAUAUUUUUUUGCUAUAAAAUAUGUACCCCAGGUAUUGUUUUUUUUACCUGUGAUAUUUUGAACUGAAAAGAGGUCUUGGCUAUACCUCAUGUUUUAUAUUCCCAACCCUGCGUAAAAGGAAGCAACUUAUGGUAUUCGUUGUAAGCAUAUGAUUGGAAAAAUUAACUAGCGCUCAUAAACCCUCGUUGCAACCUAGAGAGGACGAUAUAUUAUCUCAAUUAGAUUUCCUUUACAGAAAACGCUAUUUCAGCACUUAUUUUUUCUUCUAAUCGCGCUUCAUUAGUCGUGUGAUUAAAGUUGUGUUAAGGCUCUUC